AUGAGAAAGAGGUGUGAUGUUCCAGUAGGUAGAUCUGAGAAGAAGCUGCAGAGAGUGUGCGGUAAGCCUCCGCUCAACACUAAGAUUGUGGGAGGAGAGGUGGCCUCUGCAGGCAGCUGGCCCUGGCAGGCCAGUCUGCAAGGCUCUGGGUCCCACGUCUGUGGAGGAUCCCUCAUUAACAAUCAAUGGGUGCUGACUGCUGCUCACUGCUGUGCAAUAGAAGACAUAAGCACGAGCACUCUGACUGUGGUUCUGGGUCUCCAGAGUCUAGAGGUACCAAACCCCAAUCAGGUGUCUCGGAAAGUCUCAAAGAUCAUCAUUCAUUCCGACUAUAAUUCCAAAACUUAUUACAACGACAUCUGCCUCCUGAAGCUCUCCUCACCGGUGAAAUUCACCAAAUACAUCCAGCCCGUCUGCCUGGCAGCCCCAGGCAGCACCUUCUACAACGGCACUGAAGCCUGGGUCACCGGCUGGGGCAGAAGCAGAUUGGAGUGA